UCUCUCUCCCGAAAAAAUGGAAUACAUGAAGGGCAAAGCUAUGACACCACAACCAACACCAAUAACUGUCUCCCCUCCAUUCUCUAGCUCUCCAUCUUCUUCUCUUUCACCUCCCCAAUCCUCUCCAAGCUUGUCUCCACCUUCUAAAUCUUCUCCGUUUUUUCCAUCAUCUUCAGUACAGCACUUUUCUUCUCCUAAUACUGAAAUUCCUCCCUCUCCUCCGCCUGUUGUUCUCAGCCCAUGUGCCGCCUGCAAGAUCCUUCGCCGCCGCUGUGGGGAGAAAUGUGUUUUAGCUCCAUACUUUCCUCCAACUCAUCCACUUAAGUUCACCAUUGCUCACAGGGUCUUUGGAGCGAGCAACAUCAUCAAAUUUUUGCAGGAAAUUCCGGAGUCCCAGAGAGCAGAUGCAGUGAGCAGCAUGGUUUAUGAAGCAAAUGCCAGGAUUCGAGACCCAGUCUACGGUUGUGCUGGUGCAAUUUGUCAACUUCAAAAACAAGUUAGCGAGCUUCAAGCACAAUUGGCAAAGGCGCAAGCUGAGCUCGUCAACAUGCAAUACCAGCAAGCCAAUUUGGUUGCCUUGAUUUGCAUGGAAAUGACAAAAUCUCAGGAGUGUUACAACGGUGUUAUAAAUGAGCAAUUACAAGUUAUACCAUCUGUUGAUACAGGAAGUCUUUUAGAGGAUAACAAUUUGGCCUUGGCUUGGGAACCUCUUUGGACAUGAUCAUCAUCGAUCAUGCAUCAACAGCGGAAUGAAAAUUUUCGGUCAACUUUCCAGCAGGUGGGGUCCGGCCGGGAUGCGAUCGUGAUCAAGAUCGAACAUAUAUAUGAAUUAGAGAAUAUUUGCAAUAAAGUAAUUUACUAAUUUGUUAUGGUAGAUCAUGAUGAUGUUUCUGCACUAGACCUCAUGUCGUCAUUAUUGACGAGGGAAACCUUUUACCUACCAGUAGUACUAUCUGUAUUACGUACAUUGAAAAUUAAGGAGUAAUUGAGAGAGAGAGAGAGAAAAAUAAAAUAAAAAAUAGAGCAAAACUUGAAGGAAAUAAUUAGGAAUGUAUAAGGACAUCGAU